GUUUGUCCAUCGCUGCUGAAGCUUCAAGCGUGGCUCGUUAAUUAUCCUAUUUUUCGUAAACUUGUGCGUUGGUUUUCAGGAUACAUCACUUGUAAUGCACUGGUUGUCGGAAUUAUAUCACUACUAUAAUGUGGAACAAGCAGAUCCACGAACGAACAGCUGGUUUUUCAUCGAAAAUCCAUUGUAUCUGUUAUCAGUAGUAUUUGGAUAUAUAUACUUUGUACUACUAUGCGGACCAAAAUAUAUGGAAAAACGAAAGCCGUAUUCGUUAAAAACAGCUAUUUUUUUCUACAAUCUUUUUCAAAUCGUGAUAAAUGCGAUAAUUGUUUAUGAAAUUUACGUAAUAUGGACGACUGAUUACAGUUUAGGAUGUGAACCUGUACGGCAAAAUAUUGAUAAGCAUGUUACUGAUAUCGUUAUAUGGAUUCUAUUAUUGAAAACCUUCGAUUUACUAGAGACGUUAAUAUUUGUAUUAAGGAAAAAAAUGAAGCAGGUUUCUUUUCUUCAUGUCUAUCACCAUAUUAGCACGGUUUUAAUAACAUACUAUAUCGUCAAAUAUCAUCCUGGAGGAAUGUUUUUAAUGUUAAUGAUCAUUAACGGUUCAGUGCACGUGGCCAUGUACACAUACUAUCUUUUUGCAAGUCUUGGAUCGACCAUGGAAAAUUUGACAAAUAUAGUUAAGCCUUACGUAACUCGUAUACAGAUAAUACAAUUUUUAAUUCUGCUAGUGCAUCAAUCGCAAGCUCUGUUUCCGUCGUGUUCAGUAUCGAAAAAAGCAGCUACCAUAGUUGUUGGCGAUAUUAUUCUAAACUUAGCUUUAUUCCUCAAGUUUUAUAGAAACAAUUACACAAAAAGCUCUAAAAUAGCUUAACUUAGACUAUUUUUUAUAUAAAAAUUUAAUAUUAUUCAAUUUAUUAUAUU